GCUGUGGCUGUCAGCUUUUGCUGAGCCAUCACCGCAGGCGUCUUCGGCAGCGCUGGGUUUGCGACAUGUUCCGGAUGGAGUUCGUAGCCUCCUCCUUUGCUUCCACUACGACGCCUUCUUCGCUGGCAAGCUGCACGUGGUAUCUGCCACAGUGUAUUGGGCGCUCUCCUGGAAUGGCGACAUCGACCUGGUCAGGAGUUUGGAGGCGGCAAGCAGCUGCCCGAGUGCUUCGUUUGGAGGAGUUAUACUCAGCGACUGCUGA